AUGUGGCUAAGGAAUCAGAUGUCUCUGGCAGACUUCAUCCUUGAAAGGCUCUUCGAAGACUCCUUGACCCACCUUUUCCUUUUCUGCCUGACCAUGGUGGUCUACAUUGUUGCACUGAGUGGCAACACCCUCACCAUCCACCUCAUCUGUGUGGAUCGUGGGCUUCACACCCCCAUGCACUUCCUACUCAGCCAGCUCUCCCUUAUGGACAAGAUGCACAUCUGCACAAUCAUCCCCAAGAUCGCCACCAACUACCUGUCUGGCAGGAAGUCCAUCUUUUUCAUGGGCUGUGCCACCCAGCACUUCCUCUAUUUGUCUCUGGGUGGUGCUGAGUGUUUUCUGCUAGCUCUCACAUCCUAUGACAGGUAUGUUGCCAUCUAUCAUCCUCUGCGUUACACUGUUCUCAUGAACAGGAAGGUGGCACUGCUGAUGGCCCUCACGUCAUGGUUGGGGGCUUCUCUGAACUUUGUAAUUUACACUUUCAUCUUGAUGUACUUACCUUUCUGUGAGAUUCGGAAAAUACACCACUUAUAUUGUAAGUAUCAAGCUGUCGUGAAGUUGGUUUAUGUUGAUGUCACUGUCUAUGAGUCCACAGUGUACAUCAGCACUAUCAUGCUUCUCCUCCUCCCAAUAAUCCUGGUUUCUACAUCCUAUUUCUUCAUCUUGCACAGUGUCAUUGAGAUGCAUUCAGCUGGGAGUAAGAGAAAUGCCUUUGCCACUUGCAGCCCCUAUCUCACUGUGGUCUCUCUCUGGUUUGGUUCCUGCAUCUUCUCAUACAUGAGGACCAGGUCCCAGUGCACGCCACUGCAAGACAAAGUUGUUUCUGAGUUCUAUAGCAUCAUUACUCCCACACUGAAUCCUCUGAUUUAUAUUUUUCAGAAUAAGAACGUAGCUAAGGCUCUGAGGAGAGUGUUGAGGAGAGAUUUUUAUCUCCCAAUGACUAUAUCCGUGUUUGUCCCAAAUCAAGAAGUGGCACAGUUUCUGACUGGGCGGAAAAUCCCUUCUUACAUCACUGACCUGCCCUCUGAUGUUCUCUCCACGCCCUUCGGACAGGCACUCCGACCGCUCCUGGACUCCAUCCAGAUCCAGCCUCCUGGAGGGAACACUCGUCCUCCACACUGGAGAAACGGAGGGGAUUUGUUUAAGCAAAAAGCAAGAGGCACAGUUUGGAGGAGCCCCAACCUAGAACCUCCUUCGAGAGAAUACCCACACUCCACCCAGGUUGCCACACCUGUUGGACCCAGCUGGCCCUGUGUCAUGAUCCUGCCAGCCCCUUUUCCACUCAAUGUGAAUGAAGUUGGUGUGGCAUCCUUCCUCUGUGUACCAGGAUGUGCUAGUGAUUAUGCUGUGCUGUAG